UUUAUUGGCGAAAACUUUGUGAUAAAGACGAUAUGGUCACGGAUAAAACAAAUUGUCCACUACCAUGCCCUAGGAUGGGAAUGACCCAACCCUGAUGGUCAGUUUACUAACGACUUCCAACUGACCAAGCCCUAAAAAACUGUCCAGAAUGGCGAUCAUUGUCCACUUGUUCACCAUUACAUUUGUAGUCCUCGGUUUCAUUGAGAAAAUCACAGUUACCCAAGGGGCGUUGACAACAGUUUCAACAAAGAUUGUCUGCGAGAAGUUAUCUCCCCCUGAAAAUGGCAAAGUGUCUUGUGUGGAAAGUGGAAACUUCCUGUCAUGCGUGGCUACUUGCAAAGACGGUUUCCGGUUCCGGUCUAUGAAUGUGUUGGAAAGAAGAGUAUGUGACGUCAUUGAUGGUCAUUGGUUUAAUGGCGGAAAUUCACUUCCCCAGUGUUUGUCAGUAGAAUCUCUAAGUAGUGAGAAUUGUCGACCGGCACUUCCACCUGAGAAACGGCAUUGUUCGAUGUGAACACAAGGGAACGAAACUGAUCUGUACCGGGACUUGUAACGAUGGUUACACAUUCGUCAGCCAUGAGACCACGGUCACGAGGACGUGUGACGUCACCAGUGGAGAGUGGGAUUCCGGAAAUGUCCUCCCUGCAUGUAAAGUCGCUGUCGUUGGGAACUGCACGCUACCAAGCCCACCCACAAACGGAAUGAGCAAGUGUAUACAGGACGGUACAGAACUAGUGUGUACCGCCGUCUGUAACCAUGGAUACGCUAUGCAGGUUGCCAUAGACAACGCCAAGCGCGUCUGUACCAUCAGCGGUGGGGUUUGGUAUGACGGGAUGUUUUCGUUCCAACCCUGCCACGCACUAAACACGACAGACCACUGUGGAUCUAUAAAUGUAUCACGUGACAUGGCAGCUGUCACGUGUCGCCAGCACGGGGCGGACUUAGUUUGUGACGUCGAAUGCACUAACGGAUUUACAUUCGAGACUCAUGACGUCACGGUCCGGCGAAUCUGUGACCGCCUGACAGGCACGUGGUAUACUGGUAAUUCCGUGCCCCGUUGUGUUUCGACAUGUGAAGAACGACUUAUUUCCGGAAGUGACGACAUUGAUAAUGGCAGUUUCACAGCGUCCAGUUCCUGGACAGGGCUAGCCGGUGUAUAUUUUGGUCCAGACAGGGCAAGGAUAACCUCUGACCCCGAAUAUAUCAACGGUCAGUUUAUGAGUGGAGGGUGGCGACCAGCAAACGAUGACCUCGGCCAGUUUAUUCAGGUGAAGCUGGACAAGGUCAGCCGAAUAACAGGCAUCAUUACAAAAGGCAGGGGCGUAAUUUCCGGUGACACCGCCCAGGACGUGGUUACUAGGUUCCGAGUUCUCUACAGCACCGACGGACGGUCGUUUGUACCAUACGGGGACGAGUCGGUGGCUGACAAGUUUUUCAGUGGAAAUACAGACACGUGUAAUGAGGAGGUCAACUGGUUUUCUUGUCCUUUCGCUGCCCGUUAUGUUCGUAUUAACCCUAUAGCGUGGAAGGACCAUAUUGGACUUAGGUUUGAACUACUAGGAUGUCCUGCCAGCGAAGAAUCUGUAUUGACUACGAGCUUCAUCAGUAACACAACUCCAACAUCUGUCACAUCUGGGACAAGACCUUCACCAACGUGUUCCUCACUGCUGCCUCCGAGAAAUGGCGUGAUAAGCUGUGAGGACAGGGGCACAUCGCUGGUGUGUACGGCUUUAUGUAAGGACGGGUGGGCUUUUACUACUGGAGACUUCCUGGUCAACAAAAGAUGUGACCUUACAACUCACACGUGGACUGACGACAAGGCAUUCCCGGAAUGUUACAGACUGCCAUAUGUUGCAACAACAUCCAGCUACAAGCCCCUUACACAUGAUUGUAUCGGCAGUGCAGACGACUGUCACCACAGAUCUAACGGUGACUACCAUACCUGUGAUAACUGCCAUUACUUCGCCAGCUGUUCGGAGGGCUACACCUACAUUCGGCCAUGUCCGGAUAAUCUCGUGUUCGACGCCGUCGUCGGGAGCUGUCAGUAUCGAUCUAAUACAUGCACAGACGCCAUUGGACUUCCGGUAAUCGGGAAGAAAUGAUGCUCACAAUGUUGAUGCCAGCUGGUGUUAGUUUGCUAAGCAUUAUACUCUGAUAAUCAUCAGAUGAUAAGUGAACAAGGAUUAUGUCUCAGUAAAAACACCUAAGUGUAAAUACAACAUCAUUUUUGUGCAUUCAUGACCAUAUGAUAAAAUACACUUUUCCCUCAAAAUAUAUUGAAAAUCGAAACAAAAUGUUCAAACCGCAGCAUUUUCAAUAAUUUGAUAUUCAUUUUUUUUUUUUUUUAUUUUCAGCAA